AUGGCAGAAGAUAAAUUCGACGCUUCCUUGGACCUUCUUAGAAGGUUGGAUCCUCACUCAAUUGAAAAAAACCUCACCAGCAUAUGCUCCCUAAUUACUGCAUCCAAAUUUUCCGACACUGAAUUGGUGGAGGCGUUAUUAUCCUCCGUUGACGUACCUCUUUCCAUUGCUCAAUGUAAAGACUCCGGAAAAGACUAUUUGUGCUGUGACUACAACAGGGAUGGUGACAGCUAUAGAUCUCCAUGGUCAAACAAAUAUUACCCACAACCUGAAGAUGACGAAGAUCAACCUCCUCCAUACCCUUCUUCGAUCUUGCGACAACUAGAAAUUAAAGCCAAUGAUGCAUUUGAUAUAUACAGGGACUUGUAUUAUGAAGGUGCAGGAGUAUCUAGUGUUUACUUUUGGGACACUGCCGAAGAUGAAGAAGCGGAGGAAGAUUUAUCCAACGGUUUUGCUGGAGUUGUAUUGUUCAAGAAAGAAACCAGUGAUCAAUCAGGUAAAUGGGACUCCAUCCAUGUGUUAGAGGUUGUACCAGAAACAAAGACCAGAUCCACUUAUAAAUUGACUACAUCGGUGAUAUUAGAUUUACAACAUAAAUCUAAAAAUGGAUUGAGUUUGAGUGGAAACUUGACAAGACAAUUGGAAUCUUCCAUAACAGCUGAUAUCAACAAUGGAGUCAAUUUAGAAACUAGCCAUUUAAUUAAUAUUGGAACCUUGAUUGAAAAGGCUGAAUACAACAUUAGAAAUGUUUUACAAGAAGUUUAUUUUGAUAAGUUGAAGGAUAUCAUGUUAAAGGAUUUGAGAUCCAUCAAUGGUGGUAGUAGUAAAGAUAUCAAUGACAACCAAAAGGAUAUAAUCAAAGGUUUGCAGAGUUUAUAA